AUGAAGAUGAGACGCCACAAGCUCUUUUUGACUCUGUGCAUGGCUGGUCUCUGCCUCAUCUCCUUCCUUCAUUUCUUGAAGGCCCUCUCCUAUGUCACAUUCCCCAGAGAGCUGGCAUCGCUUAGCCCUAACCUGGUGUCUAACUUAUUCUGGAACAAUGCACCGGUCACACCUCAGGCUAGCCCUGAGUCUGGGGGUCCAGAAUUCCUCCGUACACCAUUAUAUUCCCACUCACCGCUGCUUCAGCCUCUCUCCCCAAGCAGAGCCAGCGAGGAGCUGCACAAAGCUGAGUUUGUGCUGCCUGAAGACACUGCAGAAUACUUUGUACACACCAAAGCUGGUGGUGUCUGCUUCAAGCCAGGGACUAAGAUAUUGGAAAAGCAACUAGCAGGACGGCCGGAUGAGAAGAUAGAGGGAGUUAUAUCAGGGCGCAUGGGCCGUAAGCCUCUGAGUGCCACUGGGAUGAAACGGCGUAAAUGGGUGGAGUGCAUGUGCCUGACAGGCUGGCAUGGACCCAGCUGUGGCGUCCCCACUGUGGUUCAGUAUUCAAAUCUCCCCACAAAAGACCGUCUGACACCACGGGAGGUGCCCCGAAGAGUCAUUAAUGCCAUCAAUGUGAAUCAUGAAUUUGACCUCUUGGACGUGCGUUUUCACGAGCUGGGUGAUGUGGUGGAUGCCUUUGUGGUUUGUGAAUCAAAUUUCACAGCAUAUGGUGAACCACGCCCACUCAAGUUCCGUGAGAUGCUACUCAAUGGCUCCUUUGAUUAUAUCCGCCACAAGGUGCUCUAUGUCUUCCUGGAUCACUUCCCCCCUGGUGGGCGCCAGGAUGGCUGGAUCGCUGAUGAUUACCUGCGCACUUUUCUAACUAGAGAUGGCAUCUCCCGCCUCCGCAAUUUGCGACCUGAUGAUGUUUUCAUAAUUGACGAUGCAGAUGAAAUCCCAGCCCGUGACGGUGUGCUUUUUCUCAAACUCUACGAUGGUUGGACAGAGCCUUUUGCCUUCCACAUGCGCAAAUCUCUCUAUGGAUUCUUCUGGAAGCAGCCUGGCACUCUAGAAGUGGUUUCUGGUUGUACAGUUGGAAUGCUCCAGGCUGUUUAUGCCACUGAUGGAAUUCGCCUGCGCCGGAGAGAAUAUUAUACCAUGCCAGGCUUUCGGCAGUAUGAAAACAGCACAGGUCACAUCCUAGUACAGUGGUCACUGGGCAGCCCACUCCACUUUGCUGGCUGGCACUGCUCUUGGUGCUUCACACCUGAAGGAAUUUAUUUUAAACUGGUAUCAGCUCAGAAUGGGGACUUUCCCCGUUGGGGUGACUAUGAGGACAAGCGAGACCUUAACUAUAUUCGGGAGUUAAUCCGGACUGGUGGGUGGUUUGAUGGUACCACCCAGGAGUAUCCACCUGCAGAUCCCAAAGAACAAAUGUAUGCCCCCAAAUAUCUUUUGAAGAAUUAUCAACGGUUUUGUUACUUGUUGGAAAAUCCCUACCAGAAGGCAAAGGGGACUGGGUGAGGGGAGUGGGCUUGCAUGAGAAAACAGGAUCUUCUGGAAAAAGGGAAGGUGAGACUGUGUCUUUUGUUUUUUUUCCCCUGCCCUGUUCUGCUGGGAUGUGUACAUUCUCUCUAACCUCUGUCAGCCCCACUGCAGACAAGACACUUAGGGUAUGUGUGUGUGGAGGGGGGACUCCUAGUUAUGUGAAUAACUAGGAAGCAUUCCUGCCUCUGGGAAUUAGCAUUUAGUGGGAUGGAAGAAAAAUCUGAUGCAGGAAGUAUCCAUAAGACAUGGGAUCUGGGGAGCACGCAGUGGAUGUGUGAGGAUAUGAAUGUGCCAAAGCCUCUACAGACUUUGUAGUAUAGCUGAGGAUGGCAUUCAAUUCCAUGUUUAAAACCCAGUUUCUUCUCAGUAAUUUGACAUCAGCAACUGUUCUGCUUUCCUAAUACACUGCCACCAGAGAGAGAGAGAUUUUGUCAGUGAAAACGGACAUCAAGUUCAUCUAGGAUCUUAAUAUUUUGCCAUGUGUGUCUGUUAUAUUAGGAUGUAAAGAUGGGAGCACACACAAACUGGGAGCAUAGUAGCACCAAAGAAUUCUGCUUUCCAUCUCAUGAUUAUGGACAUUCAGGGAAACUCUACAAACUGGCAGGGUAUGAAGGUUGAAAAGCUGUCUGAUUUUAGAUAUAUUUUGGAUAGCUAGCCAGCCUUUAAUAUAAGAAUAAGAUGACAGUACAACCUGUAGCCCACAGAUUUGAAGAGUACAGCUAUCACAGAUACACUUCCCUCUUCUUCAGCAACAAAACGUGAUGUUUACAUUUUCAACUAAAACAGGGUGUGUUUAAUGUUUCAAAGGAAAGGAGAGGUCAGCUCCAGUGCCCAUCUUACUACUUCUGAAACAGGAGAAGUACAAAGAUACUUGGCUCUAUGAUGCCACUGUUUGGAGGACAAGGUGAUAUUGUUGCUAUACCAAUACCAAUAAUUUGGUUUGCAAAAGCAGAGACGGGAGGGAGGGAGGGUAUGUAUUUGAUGGAAAUGAAAUGAGGAUCCAACGGAUAAUCUGGAUGUCAAGCAUGUCUAUGUUCCAUUUAUUUUUGCAGCUUUUCCUUUCAAUGAAAUAUAUCAGUGGCUCCCCAAAUCCUUUUGUGUGUCUACAGCCCUAAGUCAGGAUGAAAAACAUGUUAAGGCUUAUGUUCUGUUAGCUGCUAGGAAAAUAUAUGAAGCAAUGAGGAGGAGCUCAAAAAGAGGUUCUUUGUCAUAAUGUGUUAUUCUGGUAUGCACCUUUUCCCCUGUUUGAUCCACCCAGCAUUUCACACUUUUCUGCCUUUAUGUGAAUUCCUACCAUUCUAGAGGGUGCAAACCAUGUUAUAUGAGAUUUGUCUUUUGCACAGUUUGUCUGUGCAAUGUACUCUGCCAGUUCAUCCUCUAACUUUUUUAUGUAGUGAAUUUCUAAAUGCUGACUUUUGGUGCGGCGCUGAGUCUUGUGAAUGCUCUUUUCCAGUAGUAAAAUUGGAAUGUGGAUUUGAGCUGGGAGAAGAUGAGAGGAUUUUAUUGUUUGUGCUUCAAGCUAAUGACAGGGUGACUCCUCCACCAACAAAGUAAUAUUCUGUUGGUUGCACCAUGUAAAAAUGGUUGGGUGAAUUCAUCAAUAGUUUAAAAAGAAAUUAUUUUAUGGUAAGCAGCUUUGGAAUGACAGUACAAAGCAGUCCCGAGCUUGCUUGAAAUCUGUCCUGUUACUAAGAAGAGACUUGUAGUACUUUUUAUGUUGUGCAUCAGCAUAAGGCACUCCUUGUCAAUGUUAAAUUAUGUUAAAUUUUCCCUCUAUAGAUGUUGUUCCCUGCUCUAUCAUAGAAUUAAACUGAGCCAGAGAAGAUACAUACGCCUUAUAUCAUAAGAGAGCUUUGUCAUGUCAAAGGAGAACUAGAGUAUUUCAGCAGGGUAUUUCAGUUGUCAUAUAGCUAUGCUAAAGCAAAUGUGUAGCAAUAGCAAAAGAACCACUGGUGAAGAACUGAAGGUGGUGAAACACCAAGUCUUAGUGUUUCUUCACUGCAGAUGCAGGAAGGGUUCCCCCACUCUUGUGAGGAAUGAGGAAAUGAGAAACUAGACCACAACUCAAUUGCUCUCUGGUUCUGAUUAAACUUCAACCACCAGCAGGUCUAUCCACACAGUCAAUCUGUGACAGGAGUUCAUAUCCAACAACAUCAGAAGGACUGCAAGUUGUGCACCUUGGUCUAGGACCAGCCUUUUCCACUGCAGCACUCUCUAGAUAUGUUGGACUUCACAUUUGGAGAGCUGGGGAAGGCUACUCUAGAGACCACAGCUUUCAGUGCUUAUGAUUACAAACUUCCGGUUAAAAAGCAGUAAUUAGGAAGUGCUUCUUCAAUAUUAGGUGGGGACAAAGGGAAAUGGAAGAGGUGCUUCCAAACUACUGUAACAUGCAAAACUGCACUGUUGAACUCAGUGAGACACCAACUGGGAGGUUGAAGCAUAUUUGGCCAUUGGGUUCGAAUCAAUCAAUCACACAUAAAAAGACAAACGAGAUGUUUUCGCUAAAUCAAAUGUGUAGUUUCCUAGAAGAAUGUACCCUUUCCUCCAGCUCAGUCAGUGCUGAUUUUGAGACACACUUAAUCUACUGGCUACAGUUUGUAUGUGUGGCUGUGCUUGACUUUUACAAUGAAUGCCCAUGAAUUCUUAAUUCACCCAUUAGCACAAACUUUCGGCUCCAUCUGUCACCAAAAUGCAACAUUUCUGAGCUUGUCCUUUUUCCUUUAUACAACCUUUUCUACUGUCCCAGCUUCUUCCUCACAGAUCUCCUUUUUUCCCUUAUUUUCUUUCCCUUCCACUAUUGCAUACAAGGAACAGAUCCCAUUGUAAAUGGAUAAAUUAGCACCAAAUUCCUCUGGGAUGCUGAAAAGACUCUUUGUUCUGGUCUCCUUCUCUAACUGCACCAAAGUGAAACUUGAAACUGAUCUCUAUUGGGACAGAAAAGAAGAAUUUACAGUAAAACCUUUGCUCUAAUAACAAUGACCACCUUUUGCACAGGGUGGCUAAAAAAAACUUCCCCAGUAUAAGGACCACUUCUUUAUUUAUUAUAUAGCUACUAGCAUUCAGUUUCACAGAAUAGAUUGUAAGGAACUUUAUGCUAAUAAAAAUCCUUUGUACAUCUGUUGUGAGGUUGGAUAUGGGAGACAGUAUUACUUUUUGGAAAUGUCUUGGCAUAACAAUAUUUUAAGACAUUAACCUUAAUUAACUUACAGAAAGUAAAUGGAGCUAACCUGUGUGGGCCUCAUAAUACAGAAUUAACCUGAAGGAGCUACUGAAAAUGAAUGAAUUAAAUCUUGUGGGUGGGUAGAGUGUGACAAGAGAGGGGAGCUUUUUGAUGAUUUAAGAGCCUGCACUAAUUGAGAUCUGUACAUGCUCAUGUCGAUAAACUGAACAGCACACAUGGCCUUCAACCCUUAUAAUGAGAUGACUAUGUCUGACCACUGAUUGAACAGAAGAUCUAAUAUCCUUUGUAUAUCACUGUAAUGCAACUAAAUGUGGUGAACAAAGGAAAUCCAUCUAGUCUGUAAUAGUGGCUGUAUACACAAAUGGAGUUAUUGCUGCUUCUGCAUGGGUAAAUGUUAGGGUGCCUAUCCCUGUUUCAUCCUUACUGGCACUUUCUUUCAUUUAAAAAUGUUGUGAUGAAUGCACAGCUUUUGUGCAUGGCAUUGCUGCUGUAGUAAUUAUGUCUUCAACUGUGUCAUUGAUUCUGAAGUUAAAUUCCUGUUUUUAAACUUCUCACAUUACUUUAAGUGGGAAAAAAAUGGGAUAACUAAUGUACUUUCAGAGUUCUUCCAUAUUUUAUACAAAGGCUCAGAACAGACUCCACAGUGCGGUAUCUCACUAUAGUAUCCAUACCAAUAUUCUACCUGGGUUUGAGUAACAUGGAUUUCAACAUGUUGUUGAGUUCUAGUUCCUAACUAUUUCCCAUGCCACCCAGAGUUGGCCUGAACCAAAAGCUACACAUAGACACGUGAGCAUCUUUAAAUAACAGCUGGCUUCUUAAACCUCUUUCCUGGCUCUUUUCUUUCCUCUUCCUUCCCAGAACUCAAGAAUACCUGGAGCUAAUUGGAUAAUGCCUCUUAAUGGUUGUUGAACAACAAUAUCUCUUCUCUUUGCAGCCUUUACCCCACCCCAUUCUACUCUACUGUUCCCACACAAAUCUCCAGAAAACUUUAAGCAUAAUUGUCACAAUGACAGCCAUACUGAGUAGUUGACAAGUGGUGCCUAUUUUGCAGACUGCAUUUGGAGCUUGACUUCUCAUUUGUAUAGUCACAGAGAAAGGCUUUCUCCUCCAACACUCUACUCCCUCUUUUUCAAACUUGGUUGAUAAAACCAGGCUGUAAUAUUGGUCCUAGACUAUGCCUCUCUUUAGUUGCAAGUGGGGGAAUUCAGUGACCUUCUAUAUAAAACUUAAAUUUCUCUCAAUGUAGAGAAGUACAUAAAGAGAGAGAAGAUUUUUAUCUUACCAGCUUACAUGAUGUGCUAAUUUUGUGAUUGCAACUGGGAUGUGCUCUGUCUUGUCCAUUUUCUGCAGCCUAACAUAGCAGAGACCAGGAACAGUUCUAUUAACUUAUUUACUUCUUAUAUGAACUAGGCUAAUCAUGGCUUUAACCUAUUCUUAAUUAUCUUUUAAUCUCUUAUACAAUACUGGCAGACUUAGGUGACUUCUGGAAUUAUGCUCCCCUUUUAUCUAUUUGUUCUAAUUCUCAUUUUUAUGUUCAUUACAACUCUGGCACACCUUAUUUUAGCUUUCCAUAAUCUGCUGUUAGAAUGGCAGUUCCCAAGCCAGCUUAAGCUAAGUCUGCUGUUUCGAUAUCUAGGAAAAGACCAGGUUAAGAAAAGCUUUUCUAGUUAAGUAAAAUACCUGCACUAACUAGAGGAUAUUGUAUACAGUAUGUCCAUCAAUUGAUUCUCUGUGAGGUUCUUCUCUUACUUUCCCCGUUUCUCCUACUAUGUAGCUCCAUAUUGUCUUCCCAAUAUCUGCAUUACAAAAACAGGAAGAUUCAUUUCAUCUUCUUUAGCAGGCCUACUUACAAGGAGAUUCUGAAUCAUUCUACAGUGGUUGAAACUAUUAUAAUUUUUAAAAAUUGCAGCUGAACAGAACUUGGACCCGAACUGAUAUUUAUAUUGAUUUAUUGCUUACUGCUGGCCAAUCACUUUUUCUUUUUUUUCCCCCUGGUUUCAACUGAUGGAUGUUAUGACCCAUACUCAUAUUCUGGCUCAGAUUGUAAAGGAUGAGAUAUUAUGUCUUUUUAUUCCAUUAAAAGCUAACUGCUUUAAUAAAGGAAGUGCCCUCACCUUCAUUUAUGUCCACUUCCAGAGUGUUUUUCCACCUCUAGAGAAACUUUAAAGUAUUUUGCUGGUAAGUCCAGUUGUGUGGGUACAGGAGGAAAUAGAGGCCUUAAUAACACUAUUAGGACAUAGAGGUAAUUGUGUUACACUGUCACUGAAGACACUAGGCUUUGUACAUUGGCUUAAAAGGAAAAAUUGGCAACAAGGAUGCACCACUGUCCUGCAUAAUUACCACAGGGAGAAGUCCUGAAAAUAGGACUUCUAUUUCUCAAGGAAAGGAUGUGGGAUAUCUCAUACAGUACUAGCAAACUGAAAUAGCUUUUGUAGCCUGUGUUGGCUAAAGUUUAUGUGGGACUUGCCAAAUAAAUAGAAGUCCUAUAAAGUCUAAUUUAUAAUACCUAUAUUAAUAAUUUUGUAAGGGUAAAUCAAUGUGUACAUACUGAAAUCAUUUUCUCUGUAAAUGGUUGGAUUUCAUUUCACCCUUAAAGGGAUGUUUAAAGGAAGAAAUAAAACAAAUUACAACAAUGAAAGGGAA